AUGGUAGGUGGUCAGAUUCGCUAUUCUAUACCGGAGGAGAUGAAGAAAGGAUCGGUGAUUGGUAAUGUGGCGCAAGAUCUGGGUUUGGAUCUGAAAAGGCUCCGCUCUGGGCGGGCCCGUAUCGUGACCGGUGAAAACGUUCACUACACCGAGCUGAAAACAGACAAAGGGAUUCUCGUCGUGAAUGAGAGAAUAGAUCGAGAGCAGCUCUGUGGAGAAGUAACUCCGUGCAGCUUCAGCUUUGAGGUGAUUUUAGAGAAUCCAAUGGAACUGCACAGAAUCAUUGUCGAGGUUAACGUGUCUGUGAAAAUACUGAUCCAGGACCAGAACGACAACCCCCCUCAGGUUCUGUACCCAGUCCAGACUGGUGGCUCUCUGGUGGCUGAACUGGUGCCUCGUUCAGCAGAUGUGGGCUAUCUGGUCACUAAAGUGGUUGCUGUGGAUGUGGACUCUGGACAGAAUGCCUGGCUCUCCUAUAAACUGCAGAAAGCCACAGACAGGGCGCUGUUUGAAGUGGGCUCACAGAAUGGAGAAUUAAGAACUAUCCGCCAAGUCACUGAUAAAGACGCAGUGAAGCAAAGACUGAGUGUUAUAGUGGAGGACAACGGGCAGCCCUCUCGUUCAGCUACAGUGGUUGUUAACGUGGCGGUGGCGGACAGCUUCCCGGAAGUGCUGUCGGAGUUCACUGACUUUACGCACGACAAGGAGUACAACGACAACCUGACUUUUUACUUAGUGCUGGCUCUGGCUGUAGUUUCCUUCCUCUUCAUCACGUGUGUAGUGGUUAUUAUCUCAGUGAAAAUCUACAGAUGGAGACAGUCUCGCGUCCUGUAUCACUCCAAUCUCCCUGUGAUUCCAUAUUAUCCACCACGUUACUCAGACACUUUGGGGACAGGGACCCUCCAACACGUGUACAAUUACGAGGUGUGCAGGACGACUGACUCCAGAAAGAGUGACUGUAAGUUCGGAGGAGCUGGUAGUCAGAACGUGCUGAUAAUGGACCCCAGUGCUACAGGGACGAUGCAGCGGAUACAGAGUGAAAAGAGCAUCCUGGACGAGCCAGACUCUCCUCUAGAGGUGAGUAAAAUAACCGGCUCGCGUUUCUCUUUUUUUGUCUAG